UUCUGCCUCAACUAACUUCUUCACACGCUCACUCACGCGCAACACACUCUUACGCAACACAGUACACAGGACAACAUGGCGCGCGAUAACCACGACUCGUUCUUGAGCGUCGACUUCCGUGUCUCGUUGCGCUUUACCGCUGUCUCGUCCACGCAAACAGGCACUACUCGCAAGAAGAAGCAGCUCUCGAGCCCAGCAUCAGCACCUCCUCCGCCAAUACCGGCUACCGCCCCAGCAGCACUGAACGAUGUACCUUGUCCGGAUACUCGAGAAGCUUCCCUCUCGCCUACCACUCGUCAAAUGCAGCGCCGCAUUCGCACGUUUUACCAUCAACACCUUGAGGAAUUGAGGCGACUCGAAGGAACGAGCGAGAACCCCCGAUCAACUACCCAAGCACCUCUCUCACGAGCAGCUGAAAUGGAUCGACGAAGCCUCCAAACACUCGAGGCAGCGAGCACGCAAGUCGCGAAGCUCCCCUCACGUCCUCUUCUCAAAGCCGCUUCGAGACCAAAGCAGCAAGCACGAUCCAUGUUACCCACCCGCCACCUUCGAUCGUAUCAAGGAACGCCACCAUACGAAACGCCCUCAAGUGCUACAGGCACAAAUUUCGACAUUCAUUCGAUACCGACCAAUCUACCCACUACGCCGACAUACUCGGACCUGUUUCGCUCUGACAUUGAAGAAAAGUUCAACUCACCGCACAGAAGCGCCGGAAGCCCCUCGCAUCAACUACCACCUUCUCCUACUUUCCAACAAGCUCUGGAUGCGCAGAAUGUUCAGCGAUCGCCCCACGCGAACGUAGAGGGAUGGCUACGAGACGGGACAGCGGGUACAUCGCAGGCUUCAUCGGUGCAAGCUGAAGACGAGGAUGCACUGUUCGGCCACGGCUUCGAGGGGUGCAGGACCGAGCCGGCGGGCGAAGACGUCUCAAAUGACGCGUUGAAACACGCUGAGCAAGUGGCAAAUGACCAACUUGAGGAAGCUCCGGUUAUCAUCGACAGGACCGAUUUGCCAGAGGAGCAAGCCUACGGCGCUGGCAAUAGCUCGGACUCCUGGAGUGACUACGAACCUGAACAGAACGACGACCACGCUGACGGAUCGGCCUUGGCUCAAGAUGCUGCGAAGGAGAAGUCGUCAGGCUCCUCCGAGGAUGCGCAAGACUGGGAACUUAUUGGCUCGGAUUCUAGCUCUCGCUCUGACCCUGAUUGA